AUGCUGGGAAGGCAGGAUGAGGAGGGACGUUUGCAUUCAUCCAUGAUUCAAGUUCUUCCAGAAGGAGGGGAAACACCGAUCUUCAAACAGUUCUUUAAGGACUGGAGAGAGAAGGAUCAGAGUGAUGGCUUUGGGAAAGUGUAUGUUACCGAGAAAGUGGCUCGAAUAAAACAAAUUCCAUUUGAUGCCUCAAAACUACAUACUUCUCCACAGAUGGCUGCCCAGCACAAUAUGGUGGAUGAUGGUUCCGGCAAAGUGGAGAUUUGGCGUGUAGAAAAUAAUGGUAGGGUCGAAAUUGACCAGAAUUCAUAUGGUGAAUUCUAUGGUGGUGACUGCUACAUUAUCCUCUAUACUUAUCCUGGAGGACAGAUUAUCUACACAUUGCAAGGAGCGAAUGCCACACGAGACGAACUGACAACAUCUGCAUUCCUGACGGUUCAGUUGGAUAGGUCCCUCAGAGGACAGGCUGUGCAGAUCCGAGUCUCCCAAGGCAAAGAGCCUGCUCACCUGCUGAGUUUGUUCAAAGACAAACCGCUCAUUAUUUACAAGAAUGGAACAUCAAAGAAAGGAGGUCAGGCACCUGCUCCCCCUACACGCCUCUUUCAAGUCCGGAGAAACCUGGCAUCGAUCACCAGAAUCAUGGAGGUAGAUGUUGAUGCACAGUCUUUGAAUUCCAAUGAUGUUUUUGUCUUGAAACUGAGACAAAACAAUGGCUACAUCUGGAUAGGAAAAGGCGCUAGCCAGGAGGAGGAGAAAGGAGCUGAGUAUGUGGCAAGUGUCCUCAAAUGCAAAACCACAAAGAUUCAAGAAGGCAAGGAACCAGAGGAAUUUUGGAAUUCCCUUGGAGGGAAAAAAGACUACCAGACCUCUCCACUGCUAGAAACACAGGCUGAAGACCACCCGCCUCGGCUUUAUGGCUGCUCUAAUAAAACUGGAAGAUUUGUUAUUGAAGAGGUUCCAGGAGAGUUCACCCAGGAUGAUUUAGCAGAAGAUGAUGUCAUGUUACUAGAUGCUUGGGAACAGAUUUUUAUUUGGGUUGGCAAAGAUGCCAAUGAAGUCGAGAGAACAGAGUCUCUGAAGUCUGCCAAAAUGUAUCUUGAGACUGACCCUUCUGGAAGAGACAAGAGGACACCAAUUGUCAUUGUAAAACAGGGCCAUGAACCACCCACAUUCACAGGCUGGUUCCUAGGCUGGGAUUCCAGAAAAUGGUAAACUGGUUUUUGUAGGAAAACAAACAAACAAAUAUUAUGGAGCAACUGUCUCAUUGCUGUUUUGAGGGGAAGAAAGGGUUUUUUUUUUGUUUGCUUGGCUUUAGAAAAUUAACCUCAGCCGCCAUAUGGCUAUUUUUUAAUGCCUAGGAUUGGUUUGAAAUUUUUUUAAAACUAGAAUUUUCUUACAUUAGUAUUUUAAAAUAACCUAAAUAAAUUUUUGUAAUAUUUUGUAAUAUUUUGAACCAAUAUUAGCUCUGCUGGAAACUGAUUUAUAUCUUUUUAUAUGACCUUUUAAAAGUGAAAAGCUGCAUAUAAUCUAGGGGAAUUUGUCAGAGGAUUUUAUAAUUCAGGAGCCUUUAGCCAAGUUUGUUAAUACAGGAGAGAACUAAGCCAUAAUGCCUCUUGAGGUUAUUCACUUUCCUAUGUGUUGUGAAGAAUUGUGUAUUUGCAGUGGGGUUUAUGUUAAGAAGGGUUAAAAGUUUGUUGUUAUUUUCCUUCAGCCAAUGUGACUCUGAUAUCAUUGACUCCUAAGUGUCAUUUCUAAGAGUAACUUUACCAUUUUUGCCUUUUUAAAAGCCUUUGAAAUCACAGCUUUUUCAUGACAAAAUAAUUAUAGUCUUAUCCGGUUGGAUAUAUGUAUUUGACAGUACAUGUUUAACACCACAAAGGUUAUGUACGAAAAAAUUCACUAAUGCUGUCUUUCAUCAUUAAAAUGCAUCUCUUUUUGGAAAGGU